AUGUCGCACUCUUAUUCAGUGCAUGGUCGCGAGAGUCAACCGCAAGGGUCGCAUGUAUCAGGCCGGCCCUCGUUUUCAUCGACCAGAACGGCUUCCAGUUCUAAUACGUUGACUUCGGCAACGGUUGUUGAUCAUAAUUCUACAGAGGCUUAUGCUGGUGCAACUUUUGAAACAGUGCCAAGUUCAAUCGUUUCGUUCCAUCAUCCGCACUCGUUUGCUAGCCAUCGCUUGGGAAGUCCUGGAUAUUCUAAUAAUGACUCGCGCGGACAUGCUUCUCACGAAACAGAGUCCUUACUUUCGGGGCCCAAUUCGUCGACCAGAUCUAGAGCGUCGUCACGGACACGAAACUUCCGCUAUUUUUCGGAGGAAGAAAUAGAACUCGCAGAGGGGGUUUCCUCCACUCUGGAAACUGCCGAUUAUGAUGUGAACUGGGAUGGAACUCCGACCUAUGAACAGGAGCGACUACAUUAUGGACUUUCAUCCAGCAGGUCGUCGGUGCGCAGUACUACAGGGCACUCUUUGACGUCCUUUAGGUCUCGAUCCUCGACCCGAUCAAGGGCUUCCCCACUCGAAAACUCUGCUCUCCAGUCAAGACACAACAGAGAAGAUGCACAAGAUGCCAUUCUUGGUACCUCUCCUCAUUCUUCUUCAAGUUCGUCAAGAUACAGUUAUAGAAAUAGAAUCCCUGCGCACAUUGAAGAAGAAGCGGAUCGGAUAUCAAUGCAUAGCCGUCACUCGUCCGAAAGCAGUUCAAGUAGACGCCGGUUCUUGACGGAUGACGAUCAAGAAUCUGUUCAAGAUCAGACCUCUGAUCGCAGAAAGAAGAGCUCUGCUUAUCAUAGCGAAUUCUUGAAGCCCGAGUAUCAUGACAAAUUUUACCCAAAUUUUAUCCCUCAUCUGCAUGUUCAGCGGUUCUACAUUGCAGAAGAAGACCUGGUUGUGGGUAUUGCUGGAUUUCGAUCAUCUAAGGUUGGUCUAUCCAUUUAUUAUUUAUUGAGUGUUUUGACUCUGGGAUUAUUCUACUUGGUACUGAGAUGGGUACCGCGCUACAAGGUAUCCUUGUGCGGCAAGAAAACGGCUCUGGCCAAAGCUCAAUGGGUGGUCGUGGAAAAUGAAUUCGGAGAACUUGCGAUAAUCACAGUCGCGAGGAGAUGGUACAACAGACCACUCAGUACCUUACUGCCUACGGAACGAGGACGUGAAGCGGAUUUAUCUCAAAAUCAUCGUCAUCGCUAUCAUCACGAGGGUGAAGAUAACCCUAAUAUUCCUAUAAUGAUUCACUUUUCAUACAGGUACUUCAACCUCAUUUACACGCCUGUUGAUGAUGUUUUCAAGACAAACAGUAAUUGGACAGACCCAGACUGGCUAACUCUCGAUGCCGACCGAGCGGGAUUAACCAAUUCUGUUGUUGAAGAUAGAGUUUUGGCUUUUGGGAAAAACAACGUGAACCUCAAACAAAAAACGACGGGCCAAAUUUUGUUCGAUGAAGUUCUUCACCCGUUUUAUGUUUUCCAAAUAUUUUCCAUCUUUCUAUGGCUGGCAGACAAUUACUACUACUAUGCUGCUUGUAUUUUGAUUAUUUCAGUCCUAUCAGUCACAGAUACACUUUUGGAAACUAAGAAGGCAUCGCAGCGGCUAGCAGAAAUAUCUCACUCUCACGCCGAAGUCAGGGUUUACCGCGAUGGAUUUUGGGUUCAAAUAAACUCCUCUGAUUUAGUUCCUGGUGAUAUUUACGAGAUUUCUGAUCCGUCAAUAACUUCAUUUCCUUGCGAUUCUUUGUUACUGACCGGUGACUGUAUUAUUAACGAGUCCAUGCUGACGGGAGAAUCGGUUCCAGUAACUAAGAUUCCUGCAACGGACAGUACCAUCGCACAGUUGCUCGAUGACUUCCAAAAGACCCAAAUAUCCAGUUUUCUGGCCAAGUCAUUUCUUUUCAACGGAACCACUAUCAUCAGGGUUCGCAUCUCGAGUGGUCAAUCUACUGCGCUGGCUAUGGCUGUGAGGACUGGAUUCUCCACGACGAAAGGUUCUCUUCUGCGCUCAAUGAUUUUUCCAAGACCAACAGGCUUCAAAUUUUAUGAGGACUCUUUCAAGUACAUUGGCUUCAUGACAUUGAUUGCUAUGGUGGGGUUUUCGGUGAGCUGUGUCAACUUCAUUAGACUGGGAUUGCAGUACAGGGUGAUUGUCUUGCGAGCCUUGGAUAUCAUUACUAUUGUAGUACCGCCAGCUUUACCGGCAACUCUUUCUAUUGGCUCUAGUUUUGCAAUAUCACGAUUAAAACGAAAGGGAAUUUUUUGCAUCGCACCUACGAGGGUCAAUGUGGGCGGGAAAAUUGAUGUUAUGUGCUUCGACAAAACCGGUACUCUAACUGAAGAUGGUUUAGAUGUUUUAGGUGUACAUGUGUCUGCGCCUCACGAUCAACACAGUUUAGGGUUUGGAGAACUGAUCCCAAGCGUACAGGGCUUAUUCUCCAAGUUUUCACUCAACGACUGUAGCUCACCAUUGGACUUUAAGUCUAGAAAUUUUUUGGUGUCUUUGUUGACUUGCCACUCCCUUCGUUUAGUUGAUGGAGAGUUAUUAGGGGAUCCACUCGAUUUCAAAAUGUUCCAAUUCACUAAUUGGUCGUACCAGGAAGACUUGCAGGAACAGAGUUUCCACUCUUUGAAUGAGGAGCGCAAUGAUAAAAGCACUCUUCCUGAGAAUAGCGGUAUUGCCCCUGCCGUUGUGCAUCCUAAUUCCGAUGACCCGAAUAAUAUAUUCACAGAAAAUGAUCCGCAUAACCUUCUAGGUGUUGUUCGCAGCUUUGAGUUUAUAUCAGAACUGAGGAGAAUGAGUGUGAUUGUUAAGCCUUACGGCGAUAGCGUUUUUUGGGCUUUUGCCAAAGGGGCACCCGAAGUUAUAUCAGAAAUCUGCCACAAGUCUACCCUGCCUGCGAAUUAUGAUCAACUUCUGCAGUACUAUACGCACAACGGUUAUCGUGUGAUAGCUUGUGCGGGCAAAACUCUUCCAAAGCAUACAUGGCGCUAUGCUCAAAAGGUGGGCAGAGAGGAAGUAGAAUCGAAUAUGGAAUUUCUGGGGCUCAUUGUUUUUGAGAAUAAACUAAAACCUGCUACUAAGGGAACGCUCUCUACUUUAAGCCAGGCUAAUAUAAGAAACAUUAUGUGCACUGGUGAUAAUGUUCUGACAGCCAUUUCAGUUGGUCGGGAAAGUGGAUUGAUCACAGAAAAGCAUGUUUUUGUCCCCUUUAUAAAUGAUAAUGUAAGUCCAAACCAAGACUUGAUUAUCUGGCAAGAUGUCGACGACCCGGAGGUAUAUCUCGAUGGCAUGACGCUAAAGCCGACAAAUGGAAGUCUUGACUACACAGUUGCUGUAACGGGUGAUGUCUUCAGGCUACUAUUCAAAAACAAUGAGAUUCUACCCGAGUCUUACAUUCAUGAGGUCCUCCUCAAUAGUUCGGUAUAUGCAAGAAUGUCUCCAGAUGAAAAGCACGAGUUGGUGGGUCAACUUCAAAGACUUGAUUACGUUGUCGGCUUUUGUGGUGACGGCGCAAACGAUUGUGGUGCCCUAAAAGCUGCGGAUGUUGGUGUGUCUUUAUCAGAGGCGGAAGCAUCUGUAGCAGCUCCCUUCACAUCCAACUCAUACGACAUAAGUUGUAUGCUGAGUGUGAUUAAGGAGGGCCGUGCGUCACUUACAACUUCAUUCUCAUGUUUCCAGUACAUGAGUCUUUACUCUGCUAUCCAGUUUAUCUCUGUGACCAUCUUGUACAGCCGUGGAAUAAAUUUGGGUGAUUUUCAAUUUCUAUACAUUGAUUUGUUCCUGAUUGUACCGAUUGCGAUAUUCAUGUCAUGGUCGAAACCUUAUGAUAAGCUCGUGAAAAAGAGGCCAUCGGCGAAUUUGGUGUCACCAAAAAUUUUGGUACCACUUAUCGCCAACAUCUUGAUAAUUUUAUUUUUCCAAGUUGUGCCCUGGUUGAUCUGCCAAAGGAUGGAUUGGUACCAGAGUCCGGUUGUUGGGGGUGACGAUGCUGUUCAAUCAUCUGAUAAUACCGUGUUAUUCUUCUACUCUUCGUUUCAGUAUGUGUUCACGGCUGUAGUGCUGUCAGUUGGCCCUCCAUAUCGCGAGCCUAUGUCGAAAAACAUUGGUUUUAUCACAGACGUCGUGGUCUCACUGAUCCUGAAUAUUGUAUUGAUGAUGAUUUCCGCGCAUGGCUGGUUAGGUAAUGCUUUUCAAUUGUCUGAGAUUUCUGGUAAGUUCAAGAUGUUUUUGGCGGUUUGGGCCAUCAUAAACUUCUACGUCCAGUUGACGUUGCCCAGCAAAUGUAAAAAGAUGCUCAAGAAGAAAACCAGCAGCAAAAAAUACAAGAACAUUUUGAAUAAUGAGAAGUUAGAAGGUGUAUAA